AUGAGUACCCACAACCCAAACCAGCUGGCCACACCGCCACCGUCUCCGCUUCCCACUCCACCUCCUUAUUCUCAAUCUCACGACAAGCAGCUCUUCAUAGUCUCCGGUUUGGCCCUCCUAGUCAUAAUCAGCAGCAUCUGCAUGAUAUGCAUCACCGGCCGUACGAGCAACAAUAAUCAUCGCCACCAAAACAACGCCGCCGACGCGCCAACGCGACACGACUGUGGACGUUAUGAUGAUAAGGAACAGAUCAUCACGACGACCGUCACCGUGACGGCGGAGGAGGAGGAGGAGGAGUGCGCGGUGUGCCUGGAGGGAAUGAAGGAAGGAGAUGAGUGUGGAGUGGUGAAGCGGUGCGAGCACAUGUAUCACAAGCCCUGCAUCGACCGCUGGCUUCUCCACAGCGACCGCUGCCCUCUCUGCCGACUCCACAUCUGGACUGCUCCUCACCCUCAUCAUCAUCGCCUUAUUCAUCCCGCCACUACUCCUCAGCUACAUGUGGUAUAG